UCUCCCUCCCUCCCUCCCUCCCUCUUUUUUCCUCUCCCAAAACGUCUCUCUAUAAGCGCGCUCCCGACACCAACCCUCAGAUCCGUCUCCAUUUUCACUCUUCUUCCUGUUUUUCCCCCCUCUAAUUUCAUCUCCAUAAUUUCAGUUCGAAUGAUCGAUGCUCCGUAUGGUUCUUCUUCUCAUAACAAUCUGUUUGAUAUUUGUUCGGACAGAAUGGAUUCGCUCCCGGAUGCUAUUUUUCAGUACGUUUUGUCACAUAUGAGCAAUGCUCGGGAUGUGGCAGUCUGCAACUGUGUAUCUAAGCGAUGGAAAUACUCAACACCAUACAUUAAAAGUCUCUAUUUUCCUCGCAAUUCCUUCGACAAUCAUUCAGGUGGGUUGAGUCCCGACAUCAUCAUUUGGAGAAUAAUAUCAUCCAUUGUUCACUUAGAGGAGCUUGUUGUUUAUAGCCCAUUUUCUGGUGCUGGUCUUGCUUCAUGGCUGUCUAGUGUCGGCCCUUCGCUUCGACGUCUCGAGCUAAGAAUGGACAAUCUGGUUGAUCUUCAGGCUUGUCAAGAUAGCCAUUCCAAGUUAGAAUGCCUUAAAUCUGCAGCAAAUUUGGAGUCACUUAAAUUAUGGGGUGUCUUAAUGACACAUUCACCAAGGUGGGAUGUGUUUCAAAAGCUAAGAAACCUUGAGAUUGUUGGUGCUAAGUUAGAUGAUCCUGCUUUGAACACGGCUCUUCGUGCAUGUCCUAAUCUAUCCAACUUAUUGCUCCUUGGCUGUGAAGGCCUUACUUCAGUUUCAAUUGAACUGAAGCAUUUGGAGCAGUGUAAGCUGGAUUUCUAUGGCUUGGGAAACUGCUCACUCAUGAUCAAUUCUCCUAACAUUCAACUCCUUGAAGUUCAAGGCUGUAGCUGGAUUAGAGCCUGUGGGACAAGUUCCUUGAGAAGUCUGUCAAUAUCCAACAAUGCAGGAAGAGUUUACAUGGUGGAUUUUGAUCAGCUGGUUUCAUUGGAGUCAUUGUCCAUAAGAGGAGUUCAAUGGUGCUGGGAUGCAAUAAGCAAAAUGCUUGAAUUAGGGAGUGAGGUGAAGCAUCUUUACAUGAAAGUUGAGUUCACCGGAGACUUUGAUGCACUUGAACCUUUCCCAGAGAUUGACUUUGUUGAGUUUUUCAAUAACCAUCCAAAGUUGCAAAAGUUUGACAUUCAUGGAGCCAUGUUUGCUGCUCUUUGCCAGAAGAACAGCCUUAAAAAUGUGGAUCCAGAUUUUGUAAUCUCGUGUUUGGAGGAAGUAUCGGUUUCGGUUAGAUCGCCGUUGAAUGCCGAACAGAAGAUGAAUACUCUCGAAUCGUUGAUAAAGUAUGGCAAGAAUUUGAAGACCAUGGUAAUAAAAAUUCUUCGAAUGAAGAGUAGCCAUAGCAGUGCAGAUGAUUUCUUUGAUGAGAUUUGCAAGUUUAGAUAUUGGAAUCGCAAGAUCGUUCGUAUCGAAUAAAAGCAUAAGUGAGGCACUUUUUUUCUCGUUUUCUAAUUUUAAUUGAUCAUUUACCAUUUUUAUUCUCUGAUUACACAGGUUGACCUGCUGAAAUGUUUAACUUGACUUGAUCAUUCUCUAUGAAUGAAAUCAUAACUAAAUGUCAGUUCCAAAGUUCUUCGAUGGAACCAUCAUUAAAGAUGUUCGGUUGAUGUUGUUAUGGAUGUUGUUA